AGUGACGGUCGAAUCUACAACAAAAUCCAAUAACAACCUUCAAGAUGAAGUUGGAUACCAAGGCUAUGCGGUAUUUGACCGCUGAAGACUGGCGCACACUCACAGCAGUCGAACAAGGAUCCAAAAACCAUGAAGUUGUCCCUACAAAACUCAUUGAACAAUUAUCAGGUCUUAGAGGCGGGGUUCACAGAUGCAUAUCGGCACUCGCAAAAGUAAAUUUGAUCGCACGACUCAAGAACGCAAAAUACGAUGGCUAUCGUCUCACAUAUGGAGGGCUUGAUUACCUUGCUCUGAAUACAUAUCGAAAACGCAAGGACGUAUACAGUGUCGGAAACCAGAUUGGUGUUGGAAAAGAGAGUGAUAUCUUCGUGGUAGCAGAUGAAAAAGGAGUGCAGAGGGUAUUGAAGAUCCACCGAUUGGGACGAAUAUCGUUUAGAACGGUCAAGGCGAAUCGAGAUUAUCUACGACAUCGAUCUUCGGCAUCAUGGAUGCAUAUGUCACGAUUAGCAGCAUUGAAGGAAUUCACAUUUAUGACGGCUCUGCGAGACAAUGGAUUUCCAGUACCGGAACCACUCGCACAAUCUCGACAUACUAUAGUCAUGUCUCUGAUCGACGCAUUCCCCAUGCGUCAAAUAUCUUCUGUUCCAGAUCCAGCCUCUUUAUAUGCCGAACUUAUUUCCAUGAUCCUUCGCCUAGCGCAAUACGGCCUCAUUCAUGGCGAUUUCAACGAAUUUAACAUCCUAAUUAAGGAGGAAGCGAACCCAGAAAAACCUGAAGAACCAGUCACCUUAACUCCCAUCCUCAUUGAUUUCCCUCAAAUGGUUUCCGUGGACCAUGUGAACGCGGAAUACUACUUUGAUCGAGACGUCAACUGUAUCAAGCGUUUCUUUGACCGAAGAUUUCAUUUUACAAGUAAUGAAAAGGGUCCUCAUUUCAAGGAUGCCCGCAAACUUAUAGGUAAAGACGGUGUGAAAAGAUUGGAUGUAUCUGUCGAGGCAUCUGGAUUCUCAAAGAAAAUGGCGAAAGAGCUUGAGGCAUAUAUGAAAGCGGUUGGCGUUGAUGGCGAUGGCGAUGGCAAACCAGGGGCCGAAAGAAGUGACGAUGAAUUUGACGAUGAAGAAGAAGCGAGUGAUGAUGAUGAUGAUGACGAAGAAGAAGAAGAAGAUGGUGAUGCAGCUAUCCAUGAAGGCGAUAGCCACGUAGACCCAGCGAAAACCGAACUGCAGGGUGAAAAAACUACAGAGAUUGAAACAGAGGGAAGUGCAGGGCUGUUAGAUGAUCGCAAGGCGGAACUUUCACUGUCAAAUCUCAAGAUUGAAGAGAAGACUUGAUUCCAAUUCUCAGACAAAAUGAAAGAAUAAUUAAUACUGAACGCGAGAUUUAUUGCUUGUAUUGAGGACUUACCGCUUACUUUGUGGUGACCUAUACGAUCUAUAUUUGUGGUUGCUACUACGUCCAAAAGCAUCGGAGGAAUCCUUCUAUACAGUAAUAUAGAGCAAGUACAGUUGUAGCAUGACUAUACCAGAAUAUACCUGCAAAGGGGCUUAAUCCAGGCCAUCAAUGUAAGUACCUGCACUCUCAAAGUAGAGACAUAUCUAAGUCCUAAUUUGUAAUAGUUGUAGUAAUACGGUAUACUCUGCGUCAUUGAUGUGGCUAGCUUCAGGACAUCCAAUAUUCUUUGUCACAAAUUCUCAUACGAUUAGGCUUUUGAUGCAAAUUUAGCUCGAUUAUGCUACAGAAAAGUCUCCAUCUACCUACUACUGUUGCAACAAGAACAAUGAAAAACGAAAAAAUUACAAUGAAAAAAGCAAUCUGCCUGAUAUCCUCCCCUACUGACAUAAAAGUAAUGUUUCGUACCACUAUCGUCAAUAUGUCACACCCUCGUGGAUGUACAGAUCGCCAGCUUCGAAAAAUAUUAAACCAGAAGCGAGUAUG